CGCUCCUUCCUGGUCGACUCGCUGGUGCUGCGCGAGGCGGGCGAGAAGAAGGCGCCCGAGGGCAGCCCGCCGCCGCUCUUCCCCUACUCCGUCCCCCCGCCGCACGCGCUGCACGGGCUCUCGCCCGGCGCCUGCCACGCGCGCAAGGCCGGGCUGCUGUGCGUGUGUCCGCUCUGCGUCACCGCCUCGCAGCUGCACGGGCCCCCGGGGCCGCCCGCGCUGCCGCUGCUCAAGGCGUCCUUCCCGCCCUUCGGCUCGCAGUACUGCCACGCGCCCCUGGGCCGCCAGCACACGGCCAUGUCGCCCGGGGUCGCUCACGGCCCGGCCGCCGCCGCCGCCGCCGCGCUCUACCAAAGCUCCUACCCGCUGCCGGACCCCAGGCAGUUUCACUGCCUCUCCGUGGACAGCAGCUCGAGCCAGCUGCCUAGCAGCAAGAGGAUGCGCACGGCGUUCACUAGCACGCAGCUGCUAGAGCUGGAACGAGAGUUCGCCUCCAAUAUGUACCUGUCGCGCCUUCGGCGCAUCGAGAUCGCUACUUACCUGAAUCUGUCCGAGAAGCAGGUGAAGAUCUGGUUUCAGAACCGCCGGGUAAAGCACAAGAAGGAGGGCAAGGGCAGCAGCCACCGCGGUGGCGCAGGGGGCGCCGCGGCGGGGGCCGGCGGGAGCGCACCGCAAGGCUGCAAGUGCGCGUCGCUCUCCUCCGCCAAGGGCUCCGAGGAUGACGACGAAUUGCCUAUGUCUCCGUCCUCCUCGGGGAAGGACGACCGGGAUGUCUCGGUCACUCCGUAA